UAGGUCUUUCUGUAAAUUAAUGUAAUAUGUUCAUAUAAUAAUUAUAGUGUAAAGCUGUUGUAGAGAAGUCUGACUGUUUGAAUGUUAGAUGUCUUUCUGAGAUUAUCCUGCCUGUUUUGCAUACUAAAAUUUGUGCGUAUAAUAUUUUAAUUCUGAUAUUUGAUUUUUAAAUCUUGGAAUCUAUAUAUAUAUUCUCUAUCACCAAACACCUCAACCAAUGGAUGCUAUAAGUGAUAGGACAUUCAAAGAUGAUAUAUAUCAAGAAGGUACCAGUGAUGAUCCUUCGUUGUUAACUGUCAUAUUGGAUUUAUCUCCAAGUGGGUGGUAUAAUAUAAAAGAUCAAAUUACCAUAAAUGAAUUAGUAAAAUCCAUUCUUGUAUUUUUAAAUGCCCAUCUUUCAUUAAAUAAUUCAAAUCAAGUUGCUUUCAUAGCGAGUUCAUUAAAUGGUUCGAAAUUCUUAUAUCCUAAUCCAGGAAGAGAUUAUGAUAAAGUUCAAACUACUGUGAAUGGGAAUAAUGAUGAGAAUAUGGUUGAUGAUACUUUCAAUUCCACCACAUAUAUUAAUAAAGGAAUGUAUCGUCAAUUCAGAUUAGUAGAUGAAGCAGUUUUAGAAGAAUUAAAUGCUUACGUUAAGGAAAUCGCCUCUAAUAUCGAUUUAAAGAAACAAAAUACAACUUUAUCUGGAGCUUUAAGUAUGGCAUUAUCAUAUACUAAUAGAAUGUUAACCUUAGAUCAAUCAAUUACAACCACUACAGGGUCAGCUAUAAAUUCAACCACUAAUUCAACUGCAAGUGAUAAUAAUAAUAAUUCAUCUACUACAACUUCCAAUAGCGUAAAUUCGAUGAAAUCGCGUAUAUUAAUCAUAUCAGCCAGUGAUGAAGAUGAUGUUAAAUAUAUUCCUAUAAUGAAUUCUAUCUUUGCAGCUCAAAAAAUGAAAUUAUCCAUCGAUAUUGUCAAAUUGGGGUAUCAAGAUUCAUCAUAUUUACAACAAGCAUCUGAUGCCACCAAUGGUAUCUAUUUACAUAUCAUUGAUCCUAAAGGGAUAAUUCAAUUCUUAACCACUGCAUUUUUCAUUGAACCUUCUAUCCGAGAAUAUAUCAUUUUACCUACCAAUUCCAACGUUAAUUAUAGAGCCAGUUGUUUCAUAACCGGUAAAUCGGUUGAUUUAGGAUAUGUUUGUUCAGUAUGUCUUUGUAUUAUGAGUGUAAUACCGGAAAAUAAAUCAUGUCCUGCUUGUCGAUCCCAAUUUGAUCCCAAGAUUUUAGCCCAAUUAACUCAAACUCCAGCAGUGGUAGCUAAGAAGAAAAGAAAAUUGGAUACAAAUGGUAAUACUGCUACUCCUACUACUUCUACGCCGUCAUGAUGAAUGUCUAUAGUCCUCUAUUUAUAAUAUUAAAUUUGAAAUCUUUCGGAUAAUUAUGUUUUUCAAUCAUAUGUAAUCUUCUAUUCUUUGGCGUUCGACAAAGUUUAGUACAUCCUAUAGCGAAACAUUUAAAUACUUUUUCUCCAUUCUCUUGUUUGAUCUUGUUAAAAGGAUUAUGAUUCUCAUCAAUAUGGAUAUUUAAGAUCAAUUGAGAUGGAAAUCGUUUAUGACAAGCUUCACAUAAAAAUGUAUGAUUUGUAGUGAUAUGAUUUUCAUAAGCGGCAUAAUCACUAAAGAUGAUGGGAUUCUCGUUACAA